AUGGGUGACAACGACGAUCGUAUGGAAGGAGGUGAAAAACUUGAGGUGGAAGGAUUGCGAUUGGAGGUAAUUGAAACAUGGGAAAAAACAAAUGCGGAAAGUUUGCAAAGUUGGCGCAACUCAAUUGCUGAAGCUGAUUCAUUGGCGCAAAGAGUAUUCCAUUUAUCUGACAAACAACGCACCAGAAUUUUUAGUGCGUUUUUUUGCUGGAAAUUAGAGUUGUUUUCAUAGCUUGAAGGUUUUUAAAGAUUCUCCAUGUUUUGCUGAUAAUUUUGAUAUGAAUUUUUCUAGAAAAUGAUGAGUUUUGAAGAAAAAUUGGUUUUUCGCGAUGUUUUCUGCGAAAAUCAAUAUUUCCAAGGCUCUAACCGAUUUUAUAACUUCUCGAAAUUCAUGAAAAACUGGUCUACUUCAAGAUUUUUAGCAUAUUUUAUAUCAAAUGAUCAGAAGAAACCUUCUUUUCAUCAAAUUUCCCAUUUUUCCAGAAGAAAUGGCCGCUCUUCGCCACAUGGCUCAAUUCCAAAAAUCGCUCCUCCUCGCCGGUUCAGCUCCACGUCUCAACACAAUGAUCAUCCGAUCAGCCACAACUCUCAACGACGGAGCCAGCAAAGUGCACGAUCAUUCGGGACACUUCAAAUUCGAGCGUUAUUUCGCCGCCGGUAUGGUUAAAAAUUUGAAAAUCAAACUUGCCAGACCCAAAAUCACCAAUUUCUGAGCAUUUUUUCAUGUAAAUUGCAAAAAAUGAGCAAAACUCGGUGAUUUUGGCUCCCGCGCAGGGAAAUCUAUGCCAAAAUUUUGAAUUUCAAAUGACAGCGCAUUUAUUUAGUGCAAAAACGUGACCUAUAACGUGCCCGGCCCAAAAUCAUCAAUUUUUGAGCAUUUUUCAAUAAAAAAUGAGCAGAAACUGGUUAUUUUGGCUCCCGCACAGGGAAACCUAUGCAAAAAAUUUAGAGAUGAACUUGCCGGACUCAAAAUCAUCAAUUUUUGAGCAUUUUUUUUCAUGUAAUAUGUAAACAAUGAACAAAAAUCGGGGAUUUUGGCUCCCGCGCAGGGGAACCUAUGCCCAAAUUUUCAUUUUCGAUUUUUCCAGAAAUGGUUCACGCAGAAGAAUACGAAAAGAAGGCUCUGGAUCGUAAACUCCGAUUCCAGAACCAAAAAAAGAAGAACAAUAUUUUCAAAGCUCGCCGAGUCAACAACACCAAAAAGCGCUUAUCCCCAACAGCAACAACAACGAAGCAAGAAAAACCGGAGUUUUUUGAGGUCAAUACUAGAAAAAUAUUGGAAAAUCACAUGGAUUUGGGCAUUUUUUGAGCAAAAAUAACUCUUGCCGGACCCAAAAUCACCAGUUUUCGAGCAUUUUUCAUUGAAAAAUAUAAAAAAUGAGCAAAAAUAGGUGAUUUUGGCUCCCGCGCAGGGAAAUCCAUGCCCAAAUUUUGAAUUUUUAAUGAAAAAUGUAAAUUUGGCGUAACCUCUGACGUGGCAAUGUGAAAAUUAUCAUUACUCAACUAAAAAUCUGAAGAUGAACCUGCCGGAGCCAAAAUUACCAAUUUUUGAGCAUUUUUCAUGAAAAAAAUGAGCAAAACUUGGUGAUUUUGGCUCCCGCGCAGGGGAACCUAUGCCCAAAUUUUCAUUUUCGAUUUUUCCAGAAAUCCACCAAAGUCAUUUUGAUAGUCGAUCCACCAUUCGGUGUUUUCAUGGAACCUCUCCUAAAAUCAAUCGAUAAAAUGAAGGAUCGAUUUGAGAAGACGGGAAAAGUACGGUCGAAUUUCUAUUCAAUGAUUAUUUUGCCGAUUUUUAUUCGAAAAUAUGUUUUACACGACGAAUUUUGGAUGUCGGAUUAUCGCGUGAGUUUUUUGGCGGGAAAACGGGGGAAAUUUGAAAAAUUCGCGAGAUUUUUACGCGAAAUUCGGAUUUUUUGUGAAAUUUUGAGCAUUGCUCAUGUUAGAGAUACGAAAUUUUGAAAUUUUAACAUGAGCAAUGCCUGAAAUAAAAGUUCUCGCUAAAAGGCUCCAGAUUUUCUCAUAAACAUGAGCAAUGCUCUAAAACCCCUGUAUUUUCAAGUUUUAACAUGAGCAAUGCCUCAAAAUCCCCAUUUUCCAGGUCACCUACAGUAAUCACAAGCUCUACAGUUAUCCCGAAAAAACGAUUGUUCGAAUAUUCACCAAUUUGCCCAAACCAACGAUGAAUCUCAAAUUUCUGGCUCCCGACUAUAAAUAUUGUGCUCCGUGCCAAAAAUGGGUGACGAAAUCGAAUGAUCAUUGUGAAAAAUGUGAAAAUUGCACGAAUGUUGUGAGUUUUAUUUGAGAAAAAUUUGAAUUUUUUGAAUUUGGCGCCAAAACCUACAGUAAUCUUUAAUUUUUGGCGCCAAAAUUUGAAAAUUAAAAAAAUUUGCCAAAUUUUGAUAUUAAAAUGAAGAUUUUUGGAUAAUUUUGAGAAAAAUUUGAAUUUUUUGAAUUUGGCGCCAAAACCUACAGUAAUCUUCAAUUUUCGGCGCUAAAAUUUUGAAAUUCAAAAAAUUUGCAAAAUUUUGAUGUGAAAAUGAGGAUUUUUGAGUAAUUUUGAGAAAAAUUUGAAUUUUUAAAUCUUCGCGCCAAAACCUACAGUAAUCUUCAAUUUUUAGCGCGAAAAUUUGAAGAUUCAAAAAAUUUGCGAAAUUUUGAUGUGAAAAUGAGGAUUUUUGGAUAAUUUUGAGGGAAAUUUGACUUUUUAAAUCUUCGCGCCAGAACCUACAGUAUUCUUCAAUUUUUAGCGCGAAAAUUUGAAGAUUCAAAAAAUUUGCGAAAUUUUGAUGUGAAAAUGAGGAUCUUUGAGUAAUUUUGAGAAAAAUUUGAAUUUUUAAAUCUUCGCGCCAGAACCUACAGUAAUUUUUGCGGCAAAAUUUUGAAAUUCAAAAAAAAUUCCAAUUUUCCGCGCAGGUCCGCCGCCACGUCACAAAUUCCGCGUCGCAACGCUCCUCAACAAUCACAAAUCCAUUCGAAGACGACGAUUUCCGCUCCUCGGUCUCAAGAACCAUGUCUACAGUAUCCACUAGAAGUACAGUACCCCAGAGUACUGUAGGUCAACAACCAAGGAAUCCAUUUGAUGAACCUGCCGCUGGAGGAGGAGGAGCUACAGUACCAAACUACAGUAACCCGGUUGGCGAGGAUUUUUGA